CAGGAGCCCGGUCUUGAAGCAGGACGUGCCUGGUUUGUACAACGCCAAAUGCAAGGAAGGCAGACUCAGCCCAGAAGAGUUUACAGUCGACGUCUCUGGCUGUAACACAGCAGCUCAACACCAGUUCCUAAAUGGCCUCAGGUAUGGAUGGGAAGAAAUGCAGCGUGUGGAUGUUUUUACCCCUUGUGUUUACCCUUUUUACAUCAGCUGGAUUAUGGAUAGUGUACUUUAUCGCAGUGGAAGAUAACAAAAUUCUCCCACUAAAUGUACCAGAUAGGAAACCUGGUUCCAAAAGACCACCUUAUAUAAGUAUUGCAGGUGACACACCUCCUGCAAGCUGUGUGUUUAGCCAAGUCAUGAACAUGGCGGCAUUUCUAGCACUUGUCGUGGCUGUCCUGCGUUUCAUUCAGCUGAAGCCAAAGGUGCUAAACCCUUGGCUGAACAUCAGUGGCCUGGUGGCGUUAUGCUUGGCGUCUUUUGGGAUGACUCUACUGGGCAACUUUCAGCUUUCCAAUGAUGAGGAGAUACACAAUGUGGGCACAUCACUGACCUUUGGCUUUGGGACCUUGGCGUGCUGGAUCCAGUCUGCCCUCACCCUCAAGAUCAACCUGAAGAACGAGGGACGGAAAGCCGGAAUUCCACGAGUAGCCCUAUCGGCCAGCAUCACCCUCUGUGUGGUGCUCUAUUUCAUCCUCAUGGCGCAGGGCAUCCACAUGCAUGCUUCCAGGAUCCAGUGGGGUCUGGUGAUGUGCUUCCUGUGCUACUUCAGCACAUUUGCAGUAGAGUUUAGGCACUACAGAUUUGAGAUUGUUUGCUCUGAGUACCAGGAAAACUUUCUGAGCUUUUCUGAAAGCUUAUCGGAAGCCUCCGAGUACCAGACAGAUCAGGUGUAGCCUGUCCUCUGGCAGGGGGGAGGGGGGGCAGGUGUGGUCUCAUGGGUUAAACAUGACCUCAUUUACAUUUUUUUGAUGAGUUUGUUUUCAUUGCAAUCAUGACUGUAUUGCCAAAGGGCUCUGAGGGUGGCUGUCUCAUUAAGAGCCAAGCAAAAAUAGCUGUCUGCUGGAAGAGGAGUGGAUCCUUCUCAGCAGCAGCAUGAGAGAGCACAAGCUGUUUAGUUUGUGCUACCAGUGACUCUUUCUGAGUGGUUCUGUCACACUCCUGUUGUUCAAAACAUUAAACAGCCAGACCUCAUGAUGCCCCUCUGAGACAGGCACUUGUCAGCCUGUUCUGCAGAGGAGGACAUGAAGGAAACAGACUUCUCUGGGCA